AUGGAGCAGGGCAGUGUCUGCCCCAAGCAGCAAGAACUGUCCCUAGGAGCCCAGCCACGUGGCCUGGUGGCACCAAGGCACGAAAAGACAGCAUUGAGACAUGACAAGAACCUUCCCAUUCUCAGGCACCAAGGGCAACAACUGGCAAACAAGUUACAGUGUCCUUUUGUAGAUGUGCCUGCAGGUACAUAUCCUCGUAAAUUUAAUGAAACCCAAAUAAAGCAAGCUCUAAGAGGAGUACUGGAAUCAGUUAAACACAAUUUAGAUGAGGUGAGCCCAGUUCCCACCAAUAAGGAUGUAUCAGAAGCUGACUUGAGAACUGUCAUGUGUGCCAUGUGUGGUGAUCCAUUUAGUGUGGAUCUUAUUCUUUCACCAUUCCUUGAUUCUCAUUCUUGCAGUGCUGCUCAAGCUGGAGAAAAUAAUUCCUUAAUGCUUGAUAAAAUUAUCGAUGAAAAAAGGAGGAGAAUACAGAUCACAAUAUUGUCAUAUAACUCUUCAAUUGGAGUAAGGAAGGAUGAACUGGUUCAUGGGUAUAUAUUAGUUUACUCUGCUAAACGGAAAGCAUCAAUGGGAAUGCUUCGAGCAUUUCUAUCAGAAGUUCAAGAUACCAUUCCUGUACAAUUGGUGGCAGUUACUGACAGCCAAGCAGAUUUUUUUGAAAAUGAGGCUAUCAAGGAGUUAGUGACUGAAGGAGAACACAUUGCAACUGAGAUCACUGCUAAAUUUACAGCAUUGUAUUCUUUAUCUCAGUAUCAUCGGCAAACUGAGGUCUUUACUCUGUUUUUUAGUGAUGUUCUAGAGAAAAAAAAUAUGAUAGAAAAUUCUUACUUAUCUGAUAAUACAAGGGAGUCAACACAUCAAAGUGAAGAUGUUUUUCUACCAUCUCCCAGAGAUUGUUUUCCUUAUAACAACUACCCUGAUUCAGAUGAUGAUACAGAAGCACCACCUCCUUAUAGUCCAAUUGGGGAAGAUGUAUAGUUGCUUCCAACACCUAGUGACCAUUCCAGAUAUAGGUUAGAUUUGGAAGGAAAUGAAUACCCUGCUCAUAGCACUCCAAACUGUCACGAUCAUGAACGCAACCAUAAAGUGCCUCCACCUAUUAAACCUAAACCAGUUGUACCUAAGACAAAUGUGAAAAAAUUGCAUCCAAAUCUCUUAAAAACAAUUGAAGCUGGUAUUGGUAAAAAUCCAAGAAAACAGACCUCCCGGGUGCCUGUAGCACAUCCUGAAGAUAUGGAUUCUUCAGAUAACUAUGCAGAACCCACUGACACAAUUUUUAAACAGAAGGGCUAUUCUGAUGAGAUUUAUGUUGUCCCAGAUGAUAGUCCGAAUCAAAUUAUUAAAACUCGAAACUCAUUUGUAAAUAACACACAAGGAGAUGAAGAAAAUGGAUUUUCUGAUAGAACCUCAAAAGGUCAUGGGGAACGGAGGCCUUCUAAAUAUAAAUAUAAAUAUAAAACCUUGUUUAGUAAAGCCAAGUCAUAUUAUAGAAGAACACAUUCAGAUGCAAGUGAUGAUGAGGCUUUCACUACUUCACAAACAAAAAGAAAAGGAAGACAUCCUGGAAGUGAAGAACAUCCACUUCUUUCUCCUGUUGAAACUUGGAAAGGUGGUAUUGAUAAUCCUGCAAUCACUUCUGACCAGGAGGUCGAUGAAAAGAAGAUGAAGAAGAAAACCCACAAAGUAAAAGAAGAUAAAAAGGAGGAUGAUCCAUAUGACCUUGAAGACCUUUGCACAGAAAUGAGGGAAAUACAAAGAAUCAAAUACAAUUCUGAAAUUUGGGACCUGUAUUUUGAGAUGAUAUUUUCAGAAUGAGAAGUAUACAUGGUUACUUUAUGAAUGCAGAGACAUGAGAAAACGGUUAUG